CCAACUUCCUCCUACUGCACCCUGGAACUGGGCAAAGGUAGGAGAAGCUGGGCGUAGCGGCACGCUUCCUGCAGUUCAGCAUCUCCGUAUCUGUCUCCUUCCUCUCUCUCCUUUCCCCACCUCCUUUCCCCCUCCUCUUCUCCAGCACAGAUGCACUCCGGAUCGGGCUGCAACCACCCAAGGACUGCCCACCCAUGGAGGAGCCUCCUGCCUCAUCUCCUGGCUCUGCUCCUCCUCCGCCUGGGAUCAGCCCAGAGCAGGGGGGUGGCACCGAGGCCCCAUGUCACUGCCAUCGUGGGACAGGAUGCUGUGCUGCGCUGCCACUUGUCCCCUUGCAAGGAUGCACGGAGCUCAGACAUCAGAUGGAUCCUGCAACGGUCCGGUGGGCUUGUGCACCACUACCAAAAUGGAGUGGACCUGGAGCAGAUGGAGGAAUAUAAAGGGAGGACAGAACUGCUCCGGCAUGGUCUCUCUGAUGGAAACCUGGAUUUGCGCAUCACUGCCGUCACCUCCUCCGACAGCGGCUCGUACAUCUGCACUGUGCAGGAUGGUGAUGGCUAUGCAGAUGCUGUGGUGAACCUGGAGGUGUCAGAUCCCUUUUCCCCGAUCAUCCAUUCCUGGGCAGCAGGUCUGGCUGUGGUCCUCACACUUCUGCUUGGGUCAUUUGUCAUCAUUGUUUUUCUGCAUAGGAAGCGAGUGACACAGCGCAGAGAGCUGAAGAGAAAAGGUGCACAGUUGGCUGAACAAAACGCAAGAUCAGAGAGAAGGGAUUUGAAGUUGGAGAAGCAAGCUGCAAAACUGGUGGAACAAACUGAAGCAGUGGAGAAAUGGAAUUCAUUGCUGAAGAAGGACUGUGAAGAGACGGGUUUACGUGUUGCAGACCUGAAGAAAAUAGCUGCAAAACUGAAGGAACGAACUAAAGAGUUGAUUGGAGUAAUUAAAGCAGUGGCAAUACGGAAUUCAGUGUGGAAGACUGAAUUGGAAGAGUUGGCUUUAAGUGCUGCAGAUCUGAAGAUACUAGCUGCAAAACUGGUGGAACAAACUGAAGCAGUGGAGAAGGACAAUUCAGUGUUCAAGGAGCAAGCUGAAGAGAUGUGUUUACGUGCUGCAAACCUGAAUAAGCUAACUGUAGAAUCAUUGAAACGAACCAAAGAUGUGGGUGAGUCUUCUUCCCUGAGCCCAAAAGGAAUAUGGGGUUUCCCAUGGGAUGGCAUGCUGUCUGACCUCAUCACGCAUUGCUUGUUCUUUCUUUUCCAGUGGUAGAAAGUGAAGAAUUGGACAAACAAAUGGAAGAAUCGGAUUGAGAGAUGAACUGCACCUCACAGUGACCACAGGUGUUGAGCUUAGUGCACCACUGAUUGCAGUGGAUAUCAACAUCACGAUAACUCAAGCAAGCAAGGAAAUCGACAAUGCGAACAAGACAAGCCAGUACUUAUGUUGAGUGAGAAUACCUGCAUUUUUGUGAUCCAAAGUUGCCUGAGAGACCACCAAACUGAGGAUGCACGACCUCCAACUCCAAACCACUUACAAGAACGAAACCAUAGAAAGAAAGAAAACGGACAGCGACAGAUUUCCUGGAAAAGGGACGGACAUCUUGAGAAAUAAUGCAAUCAUGCAUCAGGCUUUGUGGAAAUCUAAUGAAUAUGUAAUACUUUUGUAAAUACAAGCAUGCACAUAGAAGCAAAGGUAGAAAACUGCUUUGGGUGUUAACCCUGUUGUCUCUUGCAGUAUAAUAAAGAACACGUGCUGAUGGUAA